AAGGGAUACAGUUAUUCUCGCGACCAAACACGUAAGAGAGAGAGAGCAUUUUCUUCUUCUUCUUCUUCGUUGAGAAUUUGGCGUCAACGAUAUUGACUCUCUUCUAGUCGCCUUCUUGUUGCUAGAUCGUUUCAUAUUCGGCUUAGUUAUCUUCUGAGCUUCUCAUCAUUUUCUGACGUAGCAAAGGUUUUGAGAAUCAGCAAAGAUGAGUGACAAUCUCAUGGACAAAGUUACCGCCUUUGGCGAGCGCCUCAAGAUUGGAGGUUCGGAAGUGAGCAACAAAAUCACUGCUGGUAUGAGCUCGAUGAGCUUCAAAGUCAAGGAGCUUUUCCAAGGCCCUAACCCAACUGAUAAGAUAGUUGAGGAUGCUACUUCGGAGAAUCUAGAGGAGCCUGACUGGGAUAUGAACUUGGAGAUAUGCGACAUGAUUAAUCAGGAGACGAUUAAUAGCGUUGAUUUGAUCCGUGGGAUUAAGAAGAGGAUAAUGAUGAACCAGCCUAGGAUUCAGUACCUUGCCUUGGUUUUACUUGAGACGUGUGUUAAGAACUGUGAGAAGGCCUUCUCGGAGGUGGCAGCUGAGAGAGUCCUUGAUGAAAUGGUGAAGCUUAUUGAUGAUCCGCAGACAGUUGUGAAUAAUCGGAACAAGGCUUUGAUACUGAUAGAAGCUUGGGGAGAAUCGACCAGUGAACUCCGCUACCUACCAGUUUUCGAAGAAACUUACAAGAGCUUAAAAGCGAGAGGUAUCCGUUUCCCUGGACGAGACAACGAGAGCUUGGCACCUAUUUUCACCCCUGCUCGGUCAGCUCCAGCACCAGAAGUGAAUGCUGAUCCUGCUCAGCAUGCGCAUGAGUCUGAACAUGCUCAGUAUAAUGCUCCUGUAAGAAGCUUUACCGCGGAGGAGACAAAGGAAGCAUUCGAUAUAGCAAGAAACAGCAUUGAACUUCUUUCCACGGUUCUGUCCUCUUCACCUCAACACGAUGCUUUACAGGAUGACUUGACAACGACACUUGUACAACAAUGCCGUCAGUCUCAAACCACAGUCCAAAGAAUCAUCGAAACAGCAGGUGAAGACGAAGCCCUUCUAUUCGAAGCCUUGAACGUGAACGACGAGCUUGUGAAAACACUGUCCAAGUACGAGGAGAUGAACAAACCCUCAGCACCGCUAACCACACCUGAACCAGCCAUGAUUCCCGUUGCUGAAGAGCCUGAUGACGCUUCAGAUCAUGGGAAAGAAGAAUCUCUAGUCAGAAAAUCAUCGAUUGCACGAGGUGGGAGCCAUGGAGGAGGUGGUGGUGGGAGUGGGGAUGACAUGAUGGAUGAUCUAGAUGAGAUGAUAUUUGGCAAGAAAAGUGGCGGAGAUGGUGAUUCUUCUUCAACUGAUGACACGAAAAAGCAGCAGUCUCCGUCUAAAAGCGAUGAUCUCAUUCGAUUCUGAGAUGGUUUCUUUCCUGCGAAAAGCUGAACUCUUUUUUCUUUUUUUUUUAAAAUGAAUUUGGUGUUUAAUUGAUGAUUCAAAACAGUUUUAGUGUAAGUAAGUUGUGUUUAAGGAUCUCUCUUGACUUAUGUGAUGGUCUUAUGAUGGAGAUGUCAGACAUAGAUUUCAAACUUUAUCUGCUCCAACCAUCACCAACCAAACUUCAAAACUUUAUUGUAAUGUUUAGACUAUUUUAGCGUAA